AUGACACCAACUUCUGAUACGUUGACUUUGUGAGAUUGACAAUCUCCUCUGUUUCCUUCUCGCAUCAUGUCUUCCUUUCUCUGUCUUGUCUUACUCCAUUUUGGCCUGCCAUUCCCCACCUUAGCUCUCUCCCUCUCUGGGCUGGGUCCGUGCGCCUGGCACAGGCUGCUGGCCCAGCCGCGCGCUUGCCUCAGCCAACGGGCUCCGCGGUUAUCUCUCUCCUGCUCAAGCAAUUCUGGUCUCCUUGGUCCGUCGGUCAGAGCCUUACCACCGCUUGA